AUUUCUCUGUUCUACGGUCUGCCCCCCUUUCCCUCCCGCGUUGUCUGGCCGGAUGGUGAGCUGCACUGCUGCUCACGCGAUCUGGGGCAUGCGCUAAUCACCGCAGUUCCAGUUGCCUUAGGUGCUUGUCUCUGAGGAGACUUCUGCUUAAUCGGAUUUUAAUGGUUUUGAAGCGCGUAUGUAGACCGCGCGUGAUUUGGCACUGAGGUGGACUAACUUUGAUCUAGCGUUUUCAUCAACACAAAUACACCAUGUAGACGAGGUUGGUGUUCCAAAUCUAUGUGUCCAGAUAAAUAGCCAUUGCUUUUGCUUUCACCGAUCCCAAAUAGGUUCCCCAAUUCUCGGCACGAUUCUGCAAAUUCAAAUAGCCACUGAGAAUACUGAUAGCUUCAGGUGCUGUGUGUCCAAUGCUCAUUCCCCUAGGAGCGGAUUGGCUGGUGAUGAUGCCAUGGAGUCGGAGGAAAUGCUCGCGAUGCUGUACAGUAUGGCAAUCAUGAGGCUUGUAAAUGGUUUUGUGGAGAAUCAACAUAAGAAAACUGGCCGUUCAAUAUCUGAACUAGCUGAGGCUAUUGGAAUACCACGAGUUCUGGUGGACAUUCGCCAUGAAAGUUCCCAUCGCAACCUUCCCUCCCUGCGACUGUUACGCCUGGCAAGUAUUAAGGCAUUUGAUUGGUUGAAGUGUAUUUACUGGGAUCGCCAGACUAAUUCCAUUCCUGAUGUUCAAGUGGAACUGAGGUCGAGAUUGCAUGAGAUUUCUUCCUUUCUGAAGGAGAAUGAUUCAAAAGAAUCAAAAUCAGGUUCCAAAAGGAAACGGUCUGAGAAACUAAUUAUCAAAGCCAUAAAGUACACUCGACAGCUAUACUAUGCUUGUCCCUUUGAGGUUGUUUCUAUUCUACUGGAUCAUAUGCAACUGGAUGCUCCAGAGUCCCCUGAAAGCAUUGACAUGCAAGAAAUUCAUAGUUUGGGUGUUUAUCAGUCAUCUGACACUCAAAUAUCAAAAAGUGAUAUGAAAACUAUCACUGGUUCCUCAUAUCAUGUAUCUGAAAAUAUUUUUUUUGAUGGGAAAAAGGUCUUCACCGCCGGUUCGUGUCUUCAACCGGCGGUGUUGAUGUCCCCAUCACCAACGGUUCUGGAACCGGCGGUGAUGGCCCCGCUAUCACCAACGACUUAAAUCCAACGGUACCCAAAACCGUUGGUGAUGCACUUUUAGAACCGGCGGUGAUAGGGGUGGCUGUAGUAGUGGCCGGCCGGAGUUGUUUAUAUGCAUGUGUAUAGGGAUGAAAACGGUCGGAAACGGUAAUUAUUCGGUAAUCAGUUUUUUUGUCGUUUUUCUUU